CAUGAGAGAGUGACAGAGGGAGAGAGAGAGGGAGAGAGAGACCACUGUGAUCACCGAGCGUUACCGUACUGACAGCCCACAUCUCACCCUGCUGACUCUAACGGCGGAGCCCUUCAGACAUGGCGGGGCUUCGUUGAGAGAGACCUCCGAAAAUCUCCGUUCAUCGUUCAGUUCGCUUUUGGACACGCGUCUCCCACAGCCCUCCUUAUGCACCGCUGCGGCUCGGAGAAACGGGAGCAGCGCUGAAAGAGUCGGCGGAGAGAGCAGAAGAAAGAGGACGAGAGUGAUUUUUCCCCCGUGAACGGACAAUGGCGGAUCGCGAUGCGCUGCCCCUUCCGUUGGAAGUGCGGGCGAGAUUGGCUGAGCUGGAGCUGGAGUUAUCCGAAGGUGACAUCACUCAGAAAGGAUACGAGAAAAAGAGGGCAAAGCUGCUCGGGGCGUAUUUGCCACACCCACCAGGGUUGGAGGCAUCCAUGGCUCACGAGCGCCGGCCACCCAUGGCUCACUCCUCAGCCUCACGAUACCACCGCAGACGAUCCUCGGGCACCCGCGAUGAACGUUACCGAUCAGAUGUCCACACAGAAGCAGUACAAGCAGCGCUGGCCAAACACAAAGAAAGGAAGAUGGCUGUACCCAUGCCAUCCAAACGCAGAUCUCUAGUGGUACAGACAUCUAUGGAUGCCUACACCCCUCCAGGCCUCUCCCCCCUCUCCUCUCUGCCCCCCCUGACAGACACCUCGUCCGGCUCGGAGGAGGAGGGCGGCCAGGGUGAGGGAACCCCCACCUCCAGCCAGGGCAGCGUCAGCAUGGAGCACUGGAUCAGCCGGGCCAUCCACCAGGGCUCCACCACCUCCUCCUCCUCGUCUUCGACGCAGAGUGGGGGCAGCGGAGCCGCCGGACGCCUGGCCGACGUCCUGGCUCAAACGCAUAUUGGAAAAUCAGGGCCGAUUGCUCACCUCUCGUUGAAGAGGAAAACUAUGCUCGGCGUAGCGGAGAACGGAAACUCGCUGCGGCGCUCCUGUGAGUUUGGAUCAGAUCUUCUUUGGCCACCGCCUUUGGAGUCGGAUGAAAAUCAUUCGGCUCCUCCAGAUGUCACCACUUACACAUCGGAACAUCCGGUGCAGGUGGAGAGGCCGCAGGUAUCCACCGUGCCCAGAACCACACCCAAAUAUGGCAACGCUGAACUGAUGGAGACCGGAGAUGGAGUUCCUGUUAGCAGUCGCGUUUCAGCCAAAAUCCAGCAGCUUGUGAACACGCUGAAGCAGCCCAGACGACCUCCGCUCAGAGAGUUUUUUGUGGAUGAUUUUGAAGAGCUCCUAGAAGUCCAGCAGCCCGACCCCAACCAGCCGCGGCCAGAGGGGGCUCAGAUGCUCACCAUUCGAGGGGAACCGCUGGGAGUGGUCACUAAUUGGCCGCCAUCUUUGGAAGCUGCGCUGCAACGUUGGGGGACCAUCUCACCCAAAGCACCUUGCCUGACCACCAUGGACACUAAUGGCAAACCCCUCUACGUCCUAACCUACGGGAAACUUUGGUCACGGAGUAUGAAAGUAGCUUACAAUAUUCUUCACAAACUGGGCACCAAGCAGGAGCCCAUGGUCCGGCCGGGAGACCGGGUGGCGCUGGUGUUCCCCAACAACGAUCCUGCCGCAUUUAUGGUCGCCUUCUACGGCUGCCUGCUGGCAGAGGUGGUGCCCGUACCCAUCGAAGUGCCACUUACCAGAAAGGACGCAGGCAGUCAACAGAUCGGUUUUCUCCUGGGCAGCUGUGGGGUAACUGUGGCGCUGACCAGUGACGCCUGCCACAAAGGCCUUCCAAAGGGACCCACCGGAGAAAUCCCACAGUUCAAAGGUUGGCCGAAGCUGCUAUGGUUUGUCACGGAGUCCAAACACCUGUCCAAGCCGCCACGUGAUUGGUUCCCUCACAUCAAAGAUGCAAAUAACGACACAGCCUACAUAGAGUACAAGACCUGUAAGGAUGGGAGUGUUUUGGGCGUGACGGUGACACGGAUCGCACUUCUUACACAUUGUCAGGCCCUAACACAGUCUUGUGGAUACACAGAGGCUGAAAUCAUAGUGAAUGUAUUGGAUUUUAAAAAGGAUGUGGGUUUGUGGCAUGGUAUCCUUACAAGCGUCAUGAACAUGAUGCACGUGAUCAGCAUUCCUUACUCGCUCAUGAAGGUCAACCCUCUGUCCUGGAUACAAAAAGUGUGUCAAUACAAAGGUAAAGUGGCUUGUGUCAAGUCCAGAGACAUGCACUGGGCUCUGGUUGCUCAUCGGGAUCAGAGGGACAUCAACCUGAGCUCCUUGCGUAUGCUAGUGGUCGCAGAUGGAUCCAACCCAUGGUCCAUCUCAUCAUGUGAUGCGUUCCUCAAUGUCUUCCAGAGUAAAGGUCUGCGACCAGAGGUCAUCUGUCCAUGCGCAAGCUCAGCUGAAGCCCUCACCGUGGCUAUCAGGAGGCCAACUGAUGAUACUAACCAGCCACCGGGUCGAGGAGUUUUGUCCAUGCAGGGCUUGAGCUACGGUGUGAUCAGAGUAGAUUCGGAGGAGCGCUUGUCUGUACUUACCGUACAGGACGUGGGCACCGUUAUGCCUGGAGCUCUCAUGUGUGUGGUCAAACCAGAGGGAGUUCCUCAGCUGUGCCGAACAGAUGAGAUCGGAGAGCUGUGCGUGUGUUCCAUCGCCACGGGAAUGUCAUAUUAUGGGCUGUCGGGCAUGACAAAAAACACCUUUGAGGUUUUCCCUAUGAACAGUCUUGGAGCUCCGAUCAGCGAGCACCCCUUCACCAGGACAGGGCUGCUGGGCUUCAUCGGCCCAGGUGGGCUGGUCUUCAUAUCAGGAAAGAUGGACGGUCUGAUGGUGGUGAGCGGGCGGAGACACAACGCUGAUGAUAUUGUCGCCACGGCGCUGGCAGUGGAGCCCAUGAAGUUUGUGUACAGGGGCAGAAUAGCGGUAUUUUCCGUGACAGUCCUGCAUGAUGAGAGAAUUGUAGUUGUGGCAGAGCAGCGGCCGGAUUCAACAGAGGAAGACAGCUUCCAGUGGAUGAGCCGUGUUCUACAGGCGAUAGACAGCAUCCACAACGUGGGGGUGUUUUGCUUGGCUUUGGUGCCCGCUAACACCCUUCCCAAGACGCCUCUGGGAGGAAUCCACCUGUCGGAGACCAAGCAGCUGUUUUUGGAAGGCUCCCUGCACCCCUGUAAUGUUCUAAUGUGCCCUCACACCUGCGUCACCAACCUGCCCAAACCCAGACAAAAACAGCCAGAGAUCGGUCCCGCCUCUGUGAUGGUGGGGAACCUGGUGUCCGGGAAGAGGAUCGCCCAAGCCAGCGGCAGAGAUUUGGGCCAAAUCGAAGACAAUGAUCAGGCAAGAAAGAGCAGAAAUGUGAUCCGUGUGCGAGUAUCAGUGGGAGAUGAGUUCCUCUUCCUGUCUGAAGUGCUGCAGUGGAGAUCUCAGACCACACCAGAUCAUGUGCUCUUCACCCUCCUCAGCUCCAGGGGAGCAGUCCUGAGCUCAUUGACCUGUCUUCAGCUUCAUAAGCGGGCGGAGAAGAUAGCGGCCAUGUUAAUGGAGCGAGGCCACCUGCAGGACGGAGAUCACGUUGCACUGGUGUACCCACCUGGUAUAGAUCUGAUUGCUGCCUUUUACGGAUGCCUGUACGCCGGAUGUGUACCGAUCACAGUGCGACCACCACAUCCCCAGAACAUUGCCACCACCCUUCCCACUGUGAAAAUGAUUGUGGAGGUGAGCCGGUCAGCCUGCGUGAUGACCACACAGGUCAUAUCCAAGCUUCUGAAGUCGAAGGAGGCGUCUGCUGCAGUGGAUGUCAGGUCGUGGCCUCCCGUUCUGGACACAGAUGAUCUGCCAAAGAAGAAACCCCCUCAACUCUACAAACCAUCCAAUCCCGACACUCUGGCUUACCUGGACUUCAGCGUCUCCACGACUGGGAUGCUAGCAGGAGUAAAGAUGUCCCACACCGCCACCAGUGCCUUUUGUCGCUCUAUCAAGCUGCAGUGUGAGCUGUAUCCCUCUCGUGAGGUGGCCAUCUGUCUGGAUCCCUACUGUGGCCUCGGGUUUGUCCUCUGGUGCCUCUGCAGUGUGUAUUCAGGGCAUCAGUCCAUCUUGAUUCCUCCGUCCGAGCUGGAGGUGAAUCCCGCUCUGUGGCUGCUGGCUGUCAGUCAGUUUCGGGUCAGAGAUACGUUCUGUUCAUACUCCGUCAUGGAGCUUUGCACCAAGGGCUUGGGCCUACAGACAGAAUCCUUAAAGUCUCGAGGACUCGACCUGUCCCGUGUAAGGACGUGUGUGGUGGUCGCUGAAGAGAGACCCAGAAUAGCUCUCACGCAGUCCUUCUCCAAGCUCUUCAAAGAUUUGGGCCUCCACCCGAGAGCUGUCAGCACUUCUUUUGGAUGUAGAGUCAACCUGGCCAUCUGCCUACAGCCCCACAGGCUCGGGAAGCUUGCCGAUCAGGGGACAUCAGGACCGGAUCCGACAACAGUAUACGUGGACAUGAGAGCGCUUCGACACGACAGGGUACGGCUUGUUGAACGAGGCUCUCCACACAGUUUACCCCUCAUGGAAUCUGGAAAGAUUUUACCCGGAGUACGAAUCAUCAUCGCCAAUCCUGAAACCAAGGGGCCGCUGGGAGACUCCCAUCUGGGGGAGAUCUGGGUUCACUGCGCCCACAACGGUAGCGGUUACUUUACGGUUUAUGGAGACGAAGCCCUGCAGUCCGAUCACUUCAACUCUCGUCUGAGCUUUGGAGAUACUCAGACCGUGUGGGCGCGUACCGGUUACCUGGGCUUCCUUCGCAGGACUGAACUUACAGAUGCGAGUGGAGAACGGCAUGAUGCCCUCUAUGUAGUCGGAGCCCUCGAUGAAGCCAUGGAGCUGAGAGGAAUGAGGUAUCACCCUAUCGACAUCGAGACCUCAGUAAUACGCACCCACAAGAGCAUCAUGGAAUGCGCUGUGUUUCCCUGGACCAACUUGCUGGUGGUGGUCGUGGAGCUGGAAGGUUCAGAACAGGAAGCCUUAGACCUGGUUCCACUAGUAACUAACGCCGUCUUGGAGGAACACUACCUGAUCGUGGGUGUGGUGGUCGUGGUGGACAUCGGCGUCAUUCCCAUCAACUCUCGCGGGGAGAAACAGAGGAUGCACCUGCGAGACGGCUUUUUGGCCGACCAGCUAGACCCAAUCUAUGUGGCGUAUAACAUGUAGCGUGAGCUUGUAUGGAAACUUGCAGUGUAUGUCCGCGUGCGUGUUUUGCCGACCGCACACGACUGGUUAAGCAUUCUACAGCAAAUACCGGAAAACAGGAAGGAACUAUUUCAAAGCCUGAUCGGCAAAAGGAAGUCUCCUGAAGGCCAGACGAAUCGCUUUCGCUUGCGUGCGUGCCGCUUUGUUUUCACGUGAGGUAUUGCGACGUUCAUUUUUAUUCAACCCUACACGAGCAAAGGGUGUUUUUAAAUAUCUGUGGCAAAAUGUGCGUUUUAAGUUCACAAGUAUACGUUGUAUCAAAACCUCUGGACUUUUAAAAAAGGUACAAAAACCAAUCGUUACAUUUGUAUGUACGUCGCAGCCGUCCUUCAGCAAUUUGCCGCUUUAGUUUUUCAACCUUUGUAAAUGUUCUCGAACAGCAGGAAGCAAAAAAAAGAAGAAAAGCCGUCCGCCUGCUUUACGAGUCCUCCAUGUUUAAUAUCAUUGUACAAAGCUGAAGGCCUAACACAAAGUCGGUUGAUAUUGUGUAAUUAUGUACAGAUAAUAGUUCUUAUUUAUUUUGCUCUUUUUAGAAUCCGUGAGCGAAGACAUUUGGAAAUGUUUUCCUCAUUAAAUAAUAUUGCUGAUAUAAAACGUUGUAUCAUCUUGAGUGAGUAGUAUCACAUCAAGUAUAUGUAAAAAUAUAAAUAUACAUACAAAUAUAUAUAUAUAAAAAAGAAAAUAUAUAUAUAUAUAUAUAAAAUAAGAUCUACGAAUCACCAAUGAAACGUUUCUAAUGCAGUACUUCCCACUUGCAUGGUGUCCGUUGUAAAAAUCAACUGACUGAUCGAUCGAUCAACGUUACCACACGUUUAAUAACAACACAAACUCAUAGGACUUUUAAGUCAUGUUACACAUGCGUGUAGCUGGAACAAAUGCUUUUUAAUCGAAACUAAAUAGCUAUGCCCUAAGUGAAAACAAGAAACCCUUAAAAUGUGCCUGGAAUUUUGUUUACAUUGUGUUUUACAACUCAAAUCUGCACCGCAGUUCUGCUUGUUUAUCUUAUGUUGUGUUUUUGUGUGCUUGGUUUGAGUUUUUUUACUUUUGUAUCGUUUUGAGUGACUUCAUUAUUUAUUGACACAGCGCGUUUUGUUUACCGCUCAUUCACAACGUUUAAUUUUUUGUGGUUUACGUAUCCUCACAGAAACAUGGGCACGGCAGUUUGUGCUUCAGCAGGAAAUCGAGCGUUUUCAUUUAUAACGCACCAGACCGUAAUGCAGAUUUUGGUAUUUUACGUGAAACGUUUGCGUUAAUGCCUUUACACCGUUCAGCUGACGUGCUUAUUUGGGAAUACAUGCCAAAUAGCAGGUGGGAGAGACUGUUGGCCCGUGCAAUAUAAGCAAAGCAUGAAAUGUGUCCGACGGGCUGUAAUGAUGCAAAAGAAAAUUUUGUGAAGAGAGAAUUGUGCCAUUAUUCUCCACAACGUACCAGCUGCAUUACAAACCUGUUUUCAAAUACGAUGACUCUUUUAUUAUUUGCCAUAUCCUGCCUGUCGGAUAGAUAGGUAUUGGAUUAUUAAUCCACUAUCAUAUUAUUCCCUGAAGGAAGAUGCAAAGAUGGGGAUCGUACUGCAAUGUGAUAUCAGCAUCCUGCGGUCGACUUACAGACAACCUUUACUUGGAUUGGUGUAAUAGACAUCGCCUAUGGGAACCGAGUUUCCACUUAUUCAUAAAGUGACAAUGCAAUGUUUUUGUCUUGUUUUUAAAAAAAAUGAAGGAAUGAAGUCUUAACUUGUUUGGAAGAUUUGAGUGUUCCCACACAAACCAAGAAAAAAAAAUGUGCACAUAACUUUCAACCUGUGAAGUUAAUUCCCUGAAAUCUGGACUUACGAGAGAGUCUGCAUGGUGUCUGUAAAUAUUGUUAGUUAUAGCGACAAAAAAGACAAAAAACAAAAUUUAUUUUGUAUGGUGCAGGUGUGUUUGAAAUUCUGUUUUGUACACAUGAUUAAAAGUAUUAAAUUACACUUUUAUAGAAGCCUGCUUUGGCCUACCUUCACACAAUAUGGUGCAAUAAAGUGCUUUGAUUGGUA